ACAUGAACAGUUAUAAAGUUCAGCGGGUGUUUUGAUCAUAGACGUCAGUUUUACUAACAUUAUUAGCGUAAAUAUACAAAAGUCGAAAUAAUGAACAAGAGCAUCGUCCCCUCUCAGAUCGUCUGGAGAGUUUGUAAUUUAUUCAUGUCUCUGUUUUUCGCUUUGGCGUCUUACGUGCAGAUAAAUGAUCCAGACGCUGUUUUGUGGAUGAUUGCGUAUGCUAUCCCAGCUGGAUUGUGUUUUUCGAUUUGCUGUCAGCAACAAAUAACAGAGACAUUAUUGUGGAGGAGAAUUGCUGAUCUUCAUGUGCUCGUAGCCUCAACAUUUGUGUUCUUACUGGGCUGGAAUCUUUAUAAAGAGAAAAUUACAAACAUCUUCCAGCAAGAGGAAGGAAGGGAAUUCUUUGGACUUCUGCUAACAGUUUUCUGGUUGCUGAUGUGUAGACACUCAGGAAGGGGCGCUGUUGGCUCUUUCAGGCUGUUCACUGCUGUGGGAUUCACUGUAUUUCCAUUCAUCGCAUGGAUUUAUUACUACAUCAACACAGAGCUGAGAUCACACUGGCCUGAACACUGUACAACUGCUAUUUAAACACGAACAAAUCACAUUAUUGUAUAUAUACAGUAUAAACACAUACACAUGAACACUGUAUUAGCACACGCAUUUCUCGCUGUCAUGAACUAAUGGAUUCAGAUUCAGUUGACACUCUGCUGCCAGGUCAGCUGUUAUGCAAACAAGUACAACAAAAGUAAAUCAGUGUUAAUGUUCAUGUCUCAUUUAUACACAAUGAAACCUCAUUUCAUUUCUGUUAAUGUCAUGCAAUGAAAACAAUGUGUUUUUUUGUGCUCUUUAUUCAGUUUAGUAAACUAUAAAUAGAUGAUUGAAUAUAUUGGUAAUAAAUUCUGUGAGAAUUUCAAAAAUGUCACACCCAUAAUGCUGGAACUGCCCUAGAAUUAAACCACUGGUUUAAAAACAUGAAACUUGUUUUUAUAAAAAAGAAAUUGGCACAAUGACGCCCCAUACUGCAUACUCCAUUUUUGCAACACUGGAGCCAUUAUAACAUUAAAAAACGAGGGUAGCGUCGCUUUCUCCUACUUUCCAAAGCGCUCACCGCUUGCCGUUGCUACAUCAGCCGCACUCACCAUGAGUAGGAGGCGUUGUGAAAAUCACAUUGUAUUUGAUGCAAAACUCAACAAUUAAAUGGAAAUAACUGUAAAGUUUUAUGAACUAGAAACAAACACAUGCAUUCGUUCUCCUUCAGUAUAGUUUUAAUACUUCUCGUCAUGAAUGAAUGAGUUUUAUUUCCGUAAUAAAAUAUCUUAUGGUAGUGCUGCACAAUUACGGCAAAAUCAUUAUAGGUUAUCCUAUAUUAUUGGCUAUUGUAAAUUACAUUGAAGUAUGUUUUAAAACUUUCUGUGAGACAAUUGCAUGUCGUAUACUUUAUAUAAACAUUCUCCUCCUGAAAUACUUGAUGUAUGGUCUCAAAGGGCCAACACAUUUUGCACAUUAAAACUCAUCAAAAUAUGUAACUACAGGAAUUAUUUGUCACCAAGAAACUCUAAAGUAACUCUAAAGUUGAAUUUCUUUAGUUAUAUUUGUGGAAGACAGACAGUCGUGUAAGUUUCAUCGUGCUGUAAUCAGUGUUGGGUAAGUUACUCUGAAAAAGUAAUUAAUUACUAAUUACUACUGACAUAUUCACUAGUGUAAUUAGAUUACUGUACAAAUUACUCUUUCCAAAGCUUAUUUAGUUACUUAUUACUAAUUACUUUCUAUAUCCUACAUCAACCUUGAUUACUUAAUGAUUACUACACUUUGGGUCGUGGCCUAAUGGUUAGAGAGUCGGACUCGUGACCAGAAGGUUCGAUUCCCAGGGCCGGCGGGUAACGACUGAGGUGCCCUUGAGCAAGGCACCUUACCCCUACUUGCUCCCCGGGCGCUGCAGUGAUAGCUGCCCACUGCUCCGGGGGUACGUGUGUUCACUACUCUCUGGAUGGGUUAAAUGCAGAGGUCACAUUUCGGGUAUGGGUCACCAUAUCUGACUAAUAGGUCACUUUCACUUCAUUUAAUUGAUUUGAAAGGAUGGACAUGAAACGGCUUAUUCAAUUCAUUCAAGUAAAUAAUAUUAAACUACAUAAAGUACUCUUAUUUACUGACCAAAGUAUUACAAAUGUGAGAAUUAUACAUUAAAGCACAGAUUUUAAAGUUAAACUUUGAAUUUUGAUGCCAAUUCCACUAUUGCACACACAUAUAUUACACAAAGUAUUUAGUUUAAUUACAUCAGAAGUAACUGUAAUUAAAUUACAGAAAAAAUAAGAGUAAUCCCUUACUUUACCUUUUCAAGGGAAAAGUAAUUAAAUUACAGUAACUGAUUACUUAGUAAUGUAAGGCACCACCCACUGGUCCAAUGACGGUAUCCAGAGGUGUGGCGAAGGCUUCACACGUGUUCUUGUCUUCCUUUGUUUAGUGAAACAGUAUUUGAAUGAAAGCAUAUCUCAUUACCUCUAUCUGACUCCAAUUUAAUAAUAUCUUGACUUCUCAUUUAGUUUACAUUCAACUUUUAUCAUUAAUAAUUGUGAAAUUUGGAUGGAUGUCUGAUUCUUCUGUUUUAUUCUAAAUUACACUCCUUCAUCCGAUUCUCAAUAUCGCUUAGAGUCUCGCGCCGGUCGUUAUAUGCGGAUCUCACGGUCACAAACUCGCCAGUCUUGGUCACUGCCAGAGGUUUCUAUGACUAGUAAUGCUCAGAUGGCCGUCUCCAACCAGCACUUCCUGAAACAUUAUUUGAUCUAGUCUCCUUAGACUAUGACAACUUAAUUAAAGUAAUGAUUUUUCCAACCAGAGGUCAUGACCACUCCAUAGAGAUAAAUAGACCAAUCUUACUUCCUCUGACGGUAGCUUUAUAUAAUCAUGCCAUAGUUUCCUAUGUACACUUAGUUAGAAUAAUAUUACAAUAACCAGAGGUUUUGGUGACUUGCCCUAUUUAGAUUGGUCAGACAACCUAUGUGCUGUUCUAAACGGAAACGA